ACAAGAACGUAACCGCGAGUGAAGCAGUUUGUUAGCAUGAAUAGCUGUAUGAGUGUGUGUGUGAGAGUGUGUGUGUGUUAUUUUAAUUAUCAUUAGGACCAGCUGGACGCUUUUAUAAUGUCCGAGUCUCCGGAUACUCGCAGUCUGGUGUCCGCGUCCUCACAGCUCAAUCUAAUGGAAAUAGAUGCUAUUGACGACAAAGAAUUUGACAUCCCUCAAGUUGACACUCCACCGACUUUAGAGAGCAUCCUGAACGAGCCUGAGGAAGAGGAUGAGCCCUUCGUUCUGGAGGACACUUGCCUUUUGAACACUGAGAACAUGGAUGCGCAUUCCUGCGAGACGGCCUCCCUUGCCAGUUCAGACAGCGGAGACCGUGCACAUCUCAAGAGGAGAAGGAAGGCAGUCGAGACGAAUGUGACCAUCCACGGCUCGGUUCUGAGACACAGCGUCCUGAAAGGCAUCUCGGCUCAGAUCGUCUCCGCCGCCGACAAAGUUGAUGCAGGCUUGCCAACAGCAAUUACUGUCUCCAGUGUUAUCGCCGUGGGAACGUCGCAUGGCCUCGCUCUGGUGUUUGAUCAGAACCAGGCGCUGAGGCUCUGUCUGGGUACCACGGCGACAGGGGCAGAGUACGGUGCAGUGUCAGCCCUGAGCAUUAACCAUGACUGCACGCGUCUGCUUUGUGGCUUUGCUAAAGGACAGAUCACUAUGUGGGAUUUGGCUAACGGGAAGCUGCUGCGCACCAUCACUGACGCCCACCCACCCGGCACGGCCAUUCUGCACGUCAAGUUCACAGAUCUGCCAACGCUUGCUGUAUGUAACGACAGUGGAGGAUCAGUGUUUGAGCUCUCAUUCAGGAGGGUGAUGGGGAUGAGGACGUGCGAGUCUCGGUGUUUGUUCAGCGGCAGUAAGGGGGAGGUGUGCUGCGUUGAGCCGCUGCAUGCAGCCCCUGAGCUUAAAGACCAUCCCAUCACUCACUACUGCCUGCUGGCCAUGGCCUCGCUCACCAAGAUUCUAGUGAUUGGACUGAAGCCGUCUCUAAAGGUCUGGAUGACUUUUCCAUAUGGCAAGACCGACCCUGCCAGCGUGCCCCAGUUGGCGUGGCAGUUUGUAGCUGCUCAGAAAGCAGUGAACCCCAUCCUCGCCUUCUGCAGAGGAGACACUGUCCACUUCCUGCUGGUGAAAAAGGAUGAAUCUGGUACGGUCCAUGUCAUCAAACAGCGACAGCUCCAACUCAACUGUGACCUUAUCAGUCUGACAUGGCUGAAUCCUCGCACGCUGGUUUUGUUGGACAGCGGAGAGAAACUGCACGUGGUGGAUCGGCCCAGUCAGGAGGAGCUGGAAACUCUGGACAUGGCCGAGGUGCAGCUCGUCUACAACAGCAGCCAUUUCAAAUCGCUUGCUACAGGAGGCAACGUCAGCCAAGCCCUGGCUUUGGUGGGAGAGAAGGCGUGCUAUCAGUCUGUGUGCAGUCACGGUGGCCAGAUCAUCUACCUGGGAACAAAAUCUGUCCAUGUUCUGAACCUCAGGAACUGGAGAGAGCGUGUCGAUCAUUUAUUGAAACAGGAGAAGUUCACCGAGGCGCUCUCUUUAGCCUGGUCUUUUCAUGAAGGCACAGCCAAAGCAGUAUUGGGUCUGUUCGGUGACCCCGCCAAGUGGAAGGGCGUGGUAGCUGACAAGAUGGUGGAGAUCUUGUUCCAGUAUGUAGAGCGUUCGCUAAAGAAGUGUCCUGAACAGGGCAAGAUCCAGCUUCUGGAACAACACUUUCAGGACAUGAUUCCUGUCAUGGUGGAUUACUGUCUGCUCCUGCAGAGGACUGACCUGCUGUUUAACCAGAUCUACUCGAGGCUGGUGGAGAACUCGGUGGCUAAGGGCGUCUUCUUGGAGAGUCUCGAGCCGUACAUCCUGAGCGAGCGGAUUGGCUGCCUGACAGCGCCAGUCAUGAGGGACCUUCUCAGUUACUUCCAGGAAAAUGGCAUGAUGGAGAGCGUGGAGGGCUGCCUGGUGCACAUGGACAUCACCAACCUGGAUAUACAGCAGGUGGUGCAGAUGUGUUGGGAUAACCAGCUCUACGAUGCCAUGGUGUACGUGUUCAACAGUGGCAUGAAUGAUUACAUCAGCCCCAUGGAGAAACUCUUUCAGGUGAUUGGUCCUCCUCUGCGUGAAGGCAGAUCUCUCACAGAAGAACAAGUGGUCAUGGGAAAUAAGCUGCUUGUGUACAUUAGUUGUUGUCUAGCAGGACGAGCCUAUCCUUUGGGGGACAUCCCAGAAGACCUUGUGCCACAAGUUAAAAAUCAGGUGUUUGAGUUCCUGAUCCGCCUGCAUUCGUUAGAGGCCAUCCAGGAGGAGGAGGUGUAUCCGUACAUCCGGACCCUGCUGCAUUUCGACACCCGCGAGUUCCUCAAUGUUCUGGCGCUGACGUUUGAGGAUUUUAAGAACGACAAACAGGCUCUGGAGUACCAGCAAAGGAUUGUGGACAUUUUACUUAAGGUCAUGGUGGAUAACUCGGACUUCACUCCGUCCCAGGUGGGCUGCCUGUUCACCUUUCUCGCUCGUCAGCUAGCCAAGCCUGACAACACCCUUUUUGUCAACAGGAAGUUGUUUGAUCAGGUUCUGGAGUUUCUGUGCAGUCCAGACGAUGACUCCAGACACACAGAGAGGCAGCAGGUGUUGUUGGAGUUACUGCAGGUGGGCGGCAUGGUCCAGUUUGAUGAGGGACAGCUUCUCGCCCUGGCAGAAAAAGCAGAAUUUUAUCAGAUCUGUGAGUUUUUGUAUGAGCAGAAGCACCUGUACGAUCGAAUCAUCGCCUGCUACUUGAAGGACCCCUUAAGAAAAGAGGAGGUUUAUAACUACAUCCAUAACAUCCUGUCCAUGCCUGGCUACAGUCCAGAGGAGAAGCAGACCACAUGGAACAAAUCCUUGGAGCACAUUAAGGAGCUGGUUAGCAUUAACCCUGCUAAAGCCGCCGAGCUGGUAGCGGUCCACUUUAUCAGCGAGGUAGAGCCUAUUAUCACAGCACUACAGGAUGAUCAUUUGGUGUACAAGUUCCUGGAGAAUUUGUUGAAUCCAAGUGAUGGACAGAAGCCCGAGGCUGUUAUGAAUCUGGGGCCUGAGCUGCACGAGCUCCUGGUGGACUUGAUGUGCCGUUUUAGUCCUCGCCAAGUCACCCCUUACCUGGAGACAUCCCAGAGCUACCGCCUGGAGGAGACCAUUCGAAUCACCAAACAGCACAAGCUGCAUGAAGCCACCGCCUACCUGCUGGAGAAAAAAGGAGACGUGCAGGGAGCCUUCCAAGUUCUGCUACAGACUCUAAAGGGGAAACUGAACACACUCGUCCAGGAGAGUUCAGAGCCGCCCACACAGAGGCCUGAGGAAGAAGAGGAGGAGGAGGUGACUGGUGAAGGUGCCACCCCAUUGGCCAGAGUGGAUGAAGCCCUUAGUGACAUCAUCAGACUGUGUCACCGGAGCUCACAUGGACUUAACCUGCAGCAGAGAGAGGGUCUCUGGUUUCCUCUCCUAGAGGUGAUGAUGUCGCCACAGAAAUUCCUCAAGGGCCCAAAUGCCAAGGACACAUCUGAUGCACUUAAGGAGCUGACUAUGAAGGUGUUAAACAGCAUGUCUAGCUUCAUCGCUCUGCCUGCCAUCAUCCAGCGCAUCUUGCAGGACCCCGUGUAUGGGAAGGGAAAGUUAGCAGAGAUCCAGGGCCUCAUUCUGGGCAUGCUGGAAACCUUCAACUAUGAACAGACUCUGUUGGAGACCACGACUAAUCUCCUGAACUCGGACCUGCACUGGUCUCUGGCUCACCUGCGGAAGGCCGUCAGCAGGGGGCUCCACCCCCGACAGGACCACUGCAACAUCUGCCUCCAGCAGUACAAGAGGAGGCAAGAGAGUGAGGAGGAGAUCAUCAUCUUUAGCUGUGGUCACCUGUAUCAUUGUCAGUGCCUGCAGCGGAAGGAACAAGUGGUAGCUGGUAAAGAUCCGGGUUUCGCAGGAGAUCGAGUUCACUCGUGGAGCUGUUAUAAGUGCACGUCCAGUCAGGGAGCUCGUCCCGGAGACCGCCCGCUCGCCGAGGGAGGCCGAGCCCGAUCCACUUCUCUGGCCCAGACCAAAGUGACGUCCGUCCAUCGGGGACCCACCGCCGAGACACAUCACCGAAAGGAGCUGUCUGAAGUGACGCUGGACGCCCAGCAGACGCAGGCGUGGGACCAGCUGCGCUGCAUGUACAGAGGACCCUCUAGAUUGGCCAUCCUUACAGAACUCACCCACUCCCACAGCAGCGAGAAAAGCGGCCUGCUGAACCCCGCCCACCCAGGACCGGGAAGCAUCUACCACAGCGACAACCUCAGCCUCAAGCUUUCUCCACCGCCAAUGGUGGAGGAGUAAGCGCAGACUCCGCCCACUGUUACAGCCUCGAAUAAACGCAUUAUACUCUCUCUAUCCCUACACUGACGUCUUCGUUCUUUCACUGGCCUUCAGGUCUAGAACAAUGAAAGUAAGAAAGGGAAAACACUUAAAGGUAUGCUGUUACUAGGUUACCAUUCUCAAGUGGAUUAAUCAUCCUUCAGAUAAACAGAUGUGAACAGUGUGUUCCAAAGUUAAUCAUUUUAAUUGAUUAAUAAAGUGCGUGAUGCUUUUUAACCACGUACCAGUAGAGUUCAUUUUAAUAUUGUGGAAAGUCAACAAGACAAGUUAGUUUCUGGUCAGUAGGGAGCGACUGUUCAUAGCUGCAAUAAUGUUUAAGAUGUAAUAAGAGUUCCUUACUUGUUUCGCAGCGGUUCCACAAUAUUAAUAAUAUGGAUAAAAAUCCUUGAAUUCUUAAAAGAUAUUUCACAAGAUAUUUUAGAAGAAUAAAAUAGUUCAGCUCUUGCUGUUCCGCCUUAAUGUAGGAAUAGCGUCACAUCACCUUAUGCUUGAUUAUUUUCCUGUUACAGCGUGCUAUAGUGCUGAUCAGGCUCUCUCUUUCUCCCCGCUUCUUGUUCUUUACAGUAAUGGAUAAGGAAUUUGCUUAUCCAUAGAAUAAAGAUUUCCAGAUGAAAGUAAAAGUAUUGCCACCCCAUGUUUUCACACAUUUAAUACUCAUUAUAGGGAGAAAAAAUAUAUGACUUUGGUGACUCCUUCCACACAAACCUUUAGUAACAGCAGGGAUAUUCCUGAGAGUUAAUCUGCAUAGGGAAGUCUUUAAGAGCUGAUAACUGGGAUGAGCCGCGAUGGCUUUAGACUGAUCGAGCUGUUCUGCUAAUGACGCUGUCAGGGACGGCUGACUUCACGUGCCUGGGAUGCACAUAUUAAGCUUUUAGCAUAAUCAGGAGUGGGUGUGUGAGAGAAUAGUGUACGUUCAGGACGGAAACAGCAGGCGCAUUGUGUCUGUGAGUGUGUGAAAGGAAACUCUGUGCUUCUGUCAUCCCCCAGGCUUUAGAAAAGGGAUUGUUCAUGUUUUUCCAUGAACAAAGAGCCUUCAGCUCUGCUCGUACAGAUGUGCGUGUGCGCAUGCCGUAUCUGACGCUUUUGUCCUACCAAACACUCGACACCGAUCAUGUCCGCAUUAAUAAGCACUGAUGGAAACGUUGGCGAGCCAGUCCGGGUUGGAUCAUGGUUAAGAUUGGUGUUGUUGGGUAAAACGGCACGGUUCCUAACAGAGUAGUCCAUGAACUGGCUCAAUUAACCUUAAAUUCAUGAGGACAUUGUGUUUUAUUAUUCAGCUCAGUCCCUGAGAACUGAAGAAUUAACAUUUUAUCUGCUCCAGCUUUUACUCUCUUAUAUACAGUACCUGGCAUAAAACCCCACUUGUUUCUGUUGCAGAGGACAAGAAACACUAAAAAUGGAAAAAGAAAAAAGUAAUAAUAACAUUUCAGUGCCCGACUUUAAAUCCCCUGGAUUAUAAAGAGACGCUUGUCAUGGCUGCAGCAGCUAACAAACAGCUUAACACCCGCUUCAGUGUCCAUAGAUUCUCCAAAUAGACUUUCUCUCUCUCUUUCAUAAUUUUUUUUUGUCUUUUAUUAUUUUCUUCUACAUUAUCUACUGUGAUGUUUCAGAAAAGUCUUAAGGUGAAACUAUCCGAAAUAAUCUUUGUGGAAUAAUAUACUGUUUAAAGUUUUUCAUGCAUAAGAGCCUGAUGGGAAAAGGCUUGAAAAAUCCUACGCUGUUAAACUGUCUGAAAGGAAGUUCUGGAAACACAUCAGGAUGUGCUGUUAUAGAAAAAUAAUCACAACACUCGGUGAUGCCAUGUGAUAUUGAGUCAAUGUGAACACAAUGGAUUAUUUUCCAAUAAUAAAAAAAAGUCCAGAAGUGUUGUUUCUCUUCAACUACAGCAAUUUAUUAACGCUGAGAAUUUUUAUUGUAAUAGUUAAUGAAAUGUCAUGAUUUUUUUUUCUUUUGAACCAAUUUAAUGUAAUGUAAUGGAAUGUCAAUGAAAAAAAAGUUCCUGUAAUGAUAUAAAUUAUAACAGCUAUAAACUCUUA